UUUCAUCGUACCUCCUUGAACUUUAGCAAACUCUAAUGCAUAAAAGGGCCCCUAAACUCGCAAUUGAAGUGCCCAGGGGUUAAGAAAACUCUCUGGGCCUUUGAUAUACAUAACAUAGACAGAGAAUUUAGAAAGCAUUGGUCCAGCCUUAUUUCCAUAUGGCUAAGAUACAUAUUUCUCCAUUUCUUUGUCUAUUCUUUAUCUUGGUCAAUGUCAUCCCUCACUCAGCUGAUGAAACACAGCCCACCAUUUUCAUUCUGGGGGACUCCACUGCAGAUGUCGGGACCAAUACUUAUUUGCCAGGGAGUAAGGUGAGAGCCAACUUCUCUCACUAUGGCAUAGACUUUCCCCAUAUGAGGCCAACUGGAAGGUUCAGCAAUGGCUUUAACAGUGCUGAUUUCGUCGCCAGGUUCUUUGGGCUGAAGAGAAGUCCACCACCAUUUCUGUUUCUUCUGACACUAAAAUCCAAUCAUUUCCAAAAGCAUCUGUUGAAAGGUGUAAACUUUGCCUCAGCUGGUUCUGGCCUUCUUGACAUAACAGGUCCAAACAUGAGCAUCGUGCCCUUAUCACGGCAGAUCAGUCAACUUUCUACAGUAAAGGAUAAUCUCACUGCCCUGAUAGGCUCAACAGCAACAGAAACACUGCUCUCUAAAUCUAUGUUCUUCAUCAGUAUUGGGAGCAAUGACAUUUUUGGCUAUUUUAUGACCAAUAGUACAAUGCCCAGAGAUCAGUUCAUUGGCAUUCUGAUCUCGGCGUAUUCAAACCACAUCACGAAUUUGUACACGCUCGGGGCAAGGAAAUUCGGUAUCAUAAGUGUGCCACCUGUGGGUUGUUGCCCAUCUCAGAGACUCCUCCAGAAACUUAUCAAUGGUGUUGAUGGCUGCUUUCCUCCAGAGAAUGAUUUCGCCUUGGCCUUCCACUCAGCACUUGACACCCUUUUAGUCAACAUCAGCUCACAGCUUCCAGGAUUUAAGUACUCGCUCGGAAAUGGAUACCUAAUGACAAUGGAUGUCAUAAACAAUCCACAAGCCCACGGAUUUGAUAAUGUGGAUUCAGCAUGUUGUGGAUAUGGAAUUCUAAACUCAGAAGGCCCUUGCAACUCAACAGCACCACUUUGCCCAGAUCGACGUAAGUAUUUGUUCUGGGAUCAGUUCCACCCUACAAAGAGAGCUGCUUUCUUGGCAGCACAAACACUCUACAGUGGUCCUCCAUAUUAUGUAUCACCAAUUAAUUUUUCUCAACUGGCUAAGGACUAUUAGCAUCAGAAGAUUUGUUCACCCUUUAGUACACUUUUCCAGAAUAAGUGAACUGCCAGAGAUCAUUAUCAUGUUUGAUCCUGUCACUGGUGAGAAGAAAACACUAAAUUGCAUUAUGCUGGAGAAUUUCGUUCGUAAUUUUAUGCAUCCAGAGUUAACCAUUUUCAUUUUUAAGAAUCGUUUUUUUUUUUUUUACUGAUUUACACUCUUUA